CGAACAAACGUCCAAAACCCGGGGACGAUUUGGACAUGCAAAAAGGUGGAACACCGGCUAUAUAAAGAUUAAAUAUAGGUACACGCCAUAGACCUGUAAACUAGUUGAUCGGUCUAUGGUACACGCUCGUCGGUAGUCGUUGACAGUCCAAGGUCAGUAUGCAAACGGACGUUUAUAAUACACUUUGAUAUUAUUCAAUGAUAAUAAAUAAUAAUUAUUAUUAUAAGCGACUUGCAAUCAUUGAUUAUAUUAUAGUUUGCUGCCGCGUUUGCACUUUUCGUACCGGCUCGCCCGUUAAAAUAAUACAUAAUAAUAAUAUGCAACAAUAUUAUAAUAAUAAUAUUAUGUAACGUCAUAUUAUUAUAUGUGCGUAUAUAAUCGCGUUCGACCAUCGCAGCAAGACUAUAUUGAUGUAUCAGCCAUCAGAUUAACAAGUUCUGCACCACCACCAUUGCGGACCGUUAAUUAUUCAGUCCGCCAAUCCAGGUUCACCGACGCUGGUAAAAGUUUGGUGUCUCUUCAUCCGUACUGGCGUGCUUCUAUUCAUCCGUGCUGGCGCAGAAAUGAGCAGUUGCACAGGUCCAUGGCUUUCAGCAGUCAAUGUAAUUCUUCUAAGACUUUCCCAGAAAAUUCAAAUAAAGAUGAAACUCCUAAAGAAGGAUCCAUCGAUACUAUUAAAGAUGCUGUUGUACAAUUUUUGAAAAAAUUGGGUGAUACUGUUGUAGAUGGUGCUGGCAUGAUAACCAAUUAUUUUAACUGCCCUACUGAUGACAAUAAUAUGACUAUUUCAAAGAUUGAAGCUUAUACAAUUUUGGACUCCAGAGGUCUUCCCACUGUAGCAGUUGACUUAACCAUUAAAAAUGGUCUAGUUUUCCACGCAGCAGUACCAUCUGGUGCUAGUACUGGUAAAUAUGAAGCAUUAGAACUGCGUGAUAAUGACGAAAGCUAUUUUCUCGGAAAAGGAGUAAAUACUGCUAUUAACAACAUAGAAAACAUUAUCGCACCUGCUCUUGUAAAAUCGGGACUCAAAGUCACAGAACAGAGAGCCAUUGACGAUUUGAUGAUCAAAUUGGAUGGAACUCCAAAUAAAUCAAAGCUUGGUGCUAAUGCUAUAUUGGGAGUUUCAAUAGCUGUAACUAAUGCGGGUGCUCGACAGGAAGGCAUUCCUCUUUACAAGCACAUAGCUAACUUAGCUGGAAACGAACAAAUUGCUUUGCCUGUUCCAGCUUUUAAUGUUAUAAAUGGUGGUUCCCAUGCAGGAAAUAAGUUGGCUAUGCAAGAAUUUAUGAUUCUGCCUACUGGAGCCAGAUCUUUCUCCGAGGCUAUACAAAUGGGGUCAGAAGUGUAUCAGCAUCUAAAGAAUGUCAUCAAAGAUAAAUAUGGAUUGCAUGCCACAUUAGUUGGUGAUGAAGGUGGUUUUGCUCCAAAUAUUAUUGAUAGCAAAGAAUGUUUACGGUUAAUUGAAACAGCUAUCAAAAAGGCGGGAUACAAGGAAAAAAUCAAAAUUGGUAUAGACGUCGCUGCUUCUGAGUUUUACGUUGAUGGAGGAAUGUACGAUUUAGAUUUUAAAAAUAAAUCUGCUAAUAAAGAUAAGACAAAAAUUAUAUCAACUGAUCAAUUAUUAGCCUAUUACCAAGAAAUAGUAAAUGAAUUCCCAGUCAUAACAAUUGAAGAUCCAUUUGAUGAAAAUCAUUGGGAGGCGUGGACUAAAUUUACUAAAUCCACUAACAUCCAGGUUGUUGGCGAUGAUUUAACUGUGACCAAUCCUAUACGUAUUACCGAAGCUAUUAAUAAAAAAGCUUGCAAUUGCUUGUUGCUUAAAAUCAACCAGAUUGGUACUAUAACUGAAUCCAUUGAUGCACAUUUGUUAGCUAAGAAGAAUGGAUGGAGUACGAUGGUAUCUCAUCGUUCAGGAGAAACUGAAGAUACAUUUAUUGCUGAUUUAGUUGUUGGAUUGGGUGCUAAAGAAAUCAAGGCUGGCGCCCCUUGCCGUUCAGAACGUAACGUCAAGUAUAACCGUCUAAUUAGAAUUGAAAGAGAAAUAAAAAAGGAAAAAAAAAUAAAAGAAACCGUCGAAGAUAACUCAAAAAAUUUGGAUAAUUGUAUAGAUAAAGAAAUCAGUAGCAAUGUAAUUUAACUAAUUACACCCCUAAAAACGGAGAGUUAUCGAUUUUAAAGUUCGAACAUUAAGUACCUAUUUAGGAAAAAGGUUUGUAUUGAUUCCACUGACUACUGUUUAUAAAUCAUGUAUAUGGGGUGAUUCUUUUAUCAUAAAACACUCAUUAUUUCAAAAAGUAUUCAUGUUUUUGAAAAUAUUUUUUUACAUAGUUUCAAGUUGUUAAAAAAAACCCCCGUUUUUAAAAAAAUUAUAUUUUUAAAUAUUUUUUAUUCUUAUAUAUUUUUUAAGUUUU